AGCCCCGGCCACUCUGGUUUGGAAUCCAGAGUUUCCAAAGAAAACUCUGUUUAUGGGUGAAAAGGCUUGGCGGAGUUUUGCCAAGUGGGGAGGAGAGAGCAGGCUGUGAGCAACUGACAGUGGAAAGAGAAACCAAAUACUCCACUUGACCAGCCCUUCCCUUCCCCACCUCCCCAUCCUGGCCGAUCCUGGCCGUAUAAAAGGCACCCACACCUUCCCACCUGGACAACUCCUUUGCAAGGGACCAAAGUUGGGCCUGCCUCCACCUGACAGAAGACGGACCACCCUCCCUCGCCAUGGCCAGCAGCGAGCUGACGGAGCUGGAGACGGCCCUGCACAAAAUUAUCCAGGUCUUCUUCGACUAUGCUGCUCAGGAAGGGAACAAGGCCACCCUCACCCCCGGGGAGUUUAAAGAGCUGGUCGCCCUGCAGCUCCCCAACCUCAUGAAGAACGUGGGGGACCUGGACGAGAAGAUGAGAACUCUGGACGUGAACAACGACAAGGAGCUAAAAUUCAGCGAAUACUGGCGGCUGAUUGGGGAGCUGGCCAAGGAGCUCAAGAGAGAGAAAGUGGGGAAAAAGAAGUAGAUGGGAUUGUGGGUGUGGACUGUGUGUCAAGGGUGGGGAUUUCGGGAGAAAUUGGGGGGGGGGGCAGGAAAACAGACCACCAGGAAGAUCUCCGGACUUGGAGAGUCACAAAUCCUCUUGUAAGCUUUCUAAACUUCAAAUAAAUCUUUGCAUUCCAGA